CCCGCGAAAUGAUCACCCCCAUCGAUCCACACACCCAUCCACUUUGGGCCACUCCAUGGCCCACUAUGAUCAUAGUGGUCGCCUAUUUUGCAUUUGUUCUGAAAUUGGGUCCCGAUUUUAUGAAGAAUCGAAAGCCCUACGAUCUACGCGGCAUUAUUAAAGCUUACAACAUAAUUCAGAUUAUUUACAAUGCCUUGAGCCUUUUUUGUGCCAUGCACUUCCUUUUCUUCUUGGAUACCUAUGAUAUGAGUUGCGUGACAGCCUUGCCCAUGGAUCAUCCGCACAAAGACUACGAACGCUUACUAUGCAAUAUUUAUGGAUUUAACAAGUUCAUGGACCUAACUGAAACAAUAUUCUUCGUUUUGCGAAAGAAGGAUAAACAGAUAACCUUCCUGCAUCUAUUCCACCACAGUAUAAUGGCCAGUAUGGGCUACUUCUUGGCUGCAUAUCAUGGAUAUGGUGGACUUCUUUUUCCCGCCUGCACUUUAAACGCCAUUGUCCACGUCAUGAUGUACUUCUACUACUACCUGUCGUCGGUGAAUCCAUCGGUGCAAAAAAGUAUCUGGUGGAAGAAAUACAUAACUCUUAUCCAACUGGUCCAGUUCGUUACGGUGGAGGUUCUUGUUAUCAAAACCUUGCUCCAUCCGAACUGCAAUUACUCAAAAUUUAUGAUGUGGUUAUGCUUUAUUGUUAAUCCGAUAUUCAUUGGAUUGUUUAGUAACUUUUACAUAAAGAACUAUAUCCUUUCGCCCAAGAAGAGUUCUAAGCUAACUCAGGAUUCGUCGGAUUCAAAAUCCCAAGAGAAAGUCAAUUAAACGAUUUUAUAGAACCAUUUUAAAAAAGAAUGAAAAGUCAAAAUAAAACAUAACAUAC